AGUUUCCCCUCUAUAGGAGAAUUAUAUUUCUUUGCCUCUUGGUGUCUGACAGAUUGGCAAGAUGUCGCUCGUAAUUCCAGAAAAAUUUCAGCACAUUCUUCGUGUCAUGGGCACGAACAUCGAUGGUAACAGAAAAGUUAUGUUCGCUAUGACAGCAAUUAAAGGUGUUGGUCGUCGUUACGCUAAUAUUGUUUUGAAAAAGGCUGAUAUCGAUCUGGAUAAACGUGCUGGAGAAUGUUCAGAAGAAGAGGUGGAAAAAAUUGUUACUAUAAUGGGCAACCCUAGGCAAUACAAAAUCCCAGAUUGGUUCUUGAAUAGACAGAAGGAUAUUGUUGAUGGCAAAUAUUCACAGCUUACAAGUUCUUCUCUGGAUUCCAAACUUCGCGAUGAUUUAGAGCGCAUGAAGAAAAUCCGUGCUCACAGAGGUUUGCGUCAUUAUUGGGGUCUUCGUGUGCGUGGUCAGCACACAAAGACGACCGGUCGUCGGGGACGAACAGUUGGUGUAUCGAAGAAGAAGUAAUUUUAUAUCUCGCUGUUUAUCAAUAAAUUCGUAAACAAAAA